AUGGCAUCCGAAAACCAUUCAUACUUUGCCAUAUGGUGCUAUGUGGCAUACGCCUUUGGUACGUUCGUUGUUCUUCUGCGGCUCUACACGAGGCUCUUUGUCGUCACCAGCCUAGGUGUCGACGACUACUUUAUUAUCGCUGCAACGAUAUGUUCAACUGGAAUCACUGCCUGCAUUCCGUUCAUGUUCAGUCUUGGAAUUGGCAAGCACAUCGCUGAUCUGACUACAUACGAGGUCAAUCAUGGCAGAAAAUGGGCGUGGUGUACUCAGAUCAUCUAUUACUUAGCACUGGGCCUCAUCAAGACCAGCAUCGUCUGUUUGUAUCUGCGCAUUGCCUCCCAUCCGGCACAUAUCAAGUUUCUACAUAUCCUAGGAGCCCUCAUCUUCCUCCAUGGGGUUGCAUCUACUUUUGCCACAUUGGGCAUGUGCAUGCCCAUGUCAAUUGUGUGGAGCAGCACGUUCCCAGUGGGCUGCAUUGACCUCCUCUCCUUCAACUACUUCAACGCCGCAUUUCAUAUACUGACCGACAUGGUCCUCGCACUUUUGCCAAUUCCAGUGUUGAAUAACCUGCAGAUCGAGCAGGCGCAAAGAAGAGGCCUUGUUGUUAUCUUCGGCGUGAUCAUCCUUGCUGUUGCCGGUACCAUUGCUCGGCAAGUCACAAAUGCCAUUGCGCUUAAUGCAGGCGCCGAAUUCAGCUACGAAUGGGCAGCUGCCGAGCUGUGCACAUGCAUUGAGGUCAACAUGGGGCUGAUCUGUGUCUCCGUACCAGCGUUGCAGCCGCUGUUCAAGAGCACGUUCAGGAGCUGGUCCAGCCUGAAGCGGUCACGAGAUGACUCCGGAAGUGGCGUACCAUAUUUCAGAGGCACGGAUACGUGGGACAAGAGUGACGCACACACCGGCUAA